AUGUCCGCCAUUGGGGAAAUAAUCCUUAAACCACCGUACGACAACGCGUAUGACGUUCUGAAGGCUGCGAGCCUUCAGUUUUACACUCCUAAUGAGGAACGUCUGCACCAGCUGCUGACUCGUCAUCCGUUUGGUGACAGCGCCAAGCAGGCAUCUGGCACGUCAACGCACGUUGGUCCGCCCAGCAAGCGCCCACUCUAA